UAUAUUUUAUUUUCUAAAUUCUUACAUAUAAUGAAAAUCUUGCCAUCUACAAUCUUUUUCCUAAUAUUUCUCAUUUCACUGAUUUUUCUUGGUGCCACUGAUAAUGUAAUGAAUGUAAUGCAAAACCUUUAUUGCAAUCUUGGAUUAAAACUUGAUGAUUCAUGUCCCAUCGAUGGUGGCUGGACAUUUUGGAGUCCAUGGGGAUCUUGUUCUGGGAAAUGUGGAUUUAAAGGGAAAAGAAUGAGACGACGUGCUUGUGAUAAUCCUGUGCCUUCAAAUAAUGGAGCCCCUUGUAUUGGUCCUAGUUAUCAAAUUGAAAAUUGUCAAAUUACUGGAUGCAUGAUGAAUGAUUACGAAACAAUUGUAAAUGCUCAUCCUAUACGUAAAGGAGAACUGAAAAUUGUAAAGAAAUUUCAUAAAAAAUUGCCAGCUUUAAUAGAAUUAUGUUUUCUUGUCGAUUGUACAUUUUCUGUUGUAGAAAAGAUUCUUGGAAACAAUGUGAUGCUUUACUGGAAUGCUAUGAAUUGUGUUAAAUAUGAUAUUGGAUGUCCAAACUCUGGUGGUUGGAGUGUUUGGGGAGUUUGGUCGGCAUGUACUGCAACUUGUGGCAAAGGACAAAAAUAUCGUACAAGAAUUUGCAAUAGUCCAACUCCUUCAAAUUUUAAAUUAAUGUGUAGUGGUUUAGCAUUUGAAAUGAAAAGCUGUGUGGGAAUUAACUGCAGAAAGCUCCCAGGGAGUACUUGGAGUAAUUGGAAUGAGUGGAGCACAUGUAGUGUAGAAUGUGGUAGUGGAGUUCAAAUCAGGAAACGCUUAUGUUCAGAAACGCAAAAUUUACAAGGAACUUCAUGUAAAGGUCCAUCCAAAGAUAUAAAAGGCUGUAUAAUUAAUAAUUGUUCUAUAAAUGGAAUGUGGUCAACGUGGAUGGUUUGGUCACCUUGCACUUCAAGUUGUGGGAUUGGUACACAAUUGAGAAAUCGAAUGUGUACCAAUCCUUCUCCAAGUGGUAAUGGUACAUCUUGUAUUGGUUCAGCUUCUGAAGUUCGCCAGUGUUUUACUAAACCAUGUAUAAAUAAAUUACAUGAAGUAGUACACUUUACAGAAAAGAGUAGUCUUCAGUAUGAUAAAACUGGAAGACCUUCACGGUUGCUUCAUAUGUAUCUAAGGUUUUUACCACUGUCUCCUUUUGGUAUGAUUAUUUAUCGUUUUGAAAAAGAUUGUAAAGGAUUGAUGUGCGACUUCGUAAAAUUGUUUCUUCAAAAUGGGAAGAUAGUACUUUUGUCUCAAAUUGCUGACUGUACAUUAGCUUUAAUUCAUGAGACCAAAUUGGAAAUUGGACAAUGGCAUGUAAUAUUAAUUGCAAUAUAUGGAACACACGGAGUAUUACGUAUUGAUGAUGGUUUUCAUAAAGUUACUUCUUUUACAUGCAUUCCAAUUUCAUAUGACUUGGAUCAUGCAAUGGAAGUUGGAGGAUUUCAAGGACAAAUUCAAGAACUAACAAUUAAUUUUGCACUUGUUCAACUUCAUACAUCAAAAGGUAAUCACAGUACAAAAUAUGCAAAUCUUUUAUCCAGUAGCAACAAUGUUCGAUAUUUGAUGGGAGAUGACAAUGAAGGUUUUAUUAACAUUGGUUUAACAGAUUCAGUUGCAGUAUCAUGUCCAGAAAGCAUAGAAUAUUGGCAAAUUAUAAUUGCUAUAAAAAUAGAGAGCAUGAAUGGACUUAUAGCAACAAUACCAUGUGAUUUCUUCAAUAAAUAUAUCUUAUUAUUAUUAGAAGAGGGAAAAGUAAAGCUGAAAUUUUAUCAAGGAGAAACUUCUACUGCAAUUGAAAGUAUGGAACAUAUUUUAAUAAGAGAAUGGUUUGAAAUAGUAAUAGCUCAUGAUGGUAAAAAUAUGUAUAUGCAAAUUAAUGGAAAUGAAAAGAGAUAUGUACCUUUAACUUUGUCAAAGACAAUGAUUACAUCAGCAACUGACAUAUUCUUAGGAGCUAUACGUGAUGAUAUGAGAGGGAAGAUAUGUUCUAACUGUGUAGACAUACCACAAAUAAGUUUUACUCUUGGGUAUCUCAACAUAAAUGGAAAAGAAAUAGAUCUUAUAUCAUUACCAGUUCUAGAAAUAAGUAGCAACCAAUUUUCUAGCCGUACUAUUAGUAUAUCUGAUUAUUAUGAAGAAAUACCAUUACUCUUAGGUCAAGAACUUAAAUUAUCAUGUGUCUAUGAUACAAUUCCUCUUGAAAAAGAACACACAUUUUCUAGACAGACAUAUGUUCUAUGGUUGAUAAUGGAUAAAUUAUUAAAAUCUUAUGGAAACAAGUAAAUAUGUAAUAAAAUUCACUAUUGUACUUUUUAUAUUGAUUUUGUAAUAUUUAAUUUUCCAUCAAGCAAUGAUUUUUUCAAUCUGAAAGAUGAUGGACGAGUUAGUACCGUUAGUAUUGCAAGCUAUAUAACUCGUGAUACAAUAGAAAACUUUUAUUCGUGUCAUAUUUAUCAUCACAGAAAUAAAUCAAAUAAAGAUUUAGGUCCAACUCUCUUUACAUUUGGUAUUACUGUGAUGAACAAAAGUGAAGGUAAUACAGUUGUUUUUAAAUAAAAUAACUUAUUUAUGUUAUAUUUGUAAAAAACUUUCAUCUCUUAGAAUUUGAAAGUACAAUUUGGAAGCAAUGGCGUCUUAUCUGUAAAGUUGUGAUCAUGUGUUUCAUAUUCUUGAUAAUUUGGUGUUUAUUAGAAAUAUUUCAGGAUGCUCGAAAUGGGUAAUUAAUUAAUGAACUAUUUUACCAAAUUAGAAGUUAGAACUGAAAUAAAAUAAAGCAUAUGAUAUUUUA